GCGCCCACGGCCUGAGCGGGGAGGGGUGAGGGGAGGGGGGACCGGGACCCCCCCCCGAGAGGGACCCCCCGGAACCCCUCGGGACCCCCCGAGAAGGACUGACGAGCCGAGGGACCCCCCCCGGGAGGGACUGAUGGGCCGGGGGUCCUGAGCAGGGGGAGGCUCCGGCGGGGCUGGGAAUGACCUGGGAUCUACUGGGAUCUACCGGGACCUGCUGGGAUCCACUGGGAUCUGCUGGGAUCCGCUGGGAUGAGCCAUGAUUCCGUCGAGGACGUGCUCGGGGAUCUCCUGGGAUUUGAUGAGGAUCCUCCCGUUCCCCCUUCCCGCGGAUCCCGACUCACCUGGCCCCAGGUGAGCCCCAGGGGGGUCCUGGAGGAGGAUCCUGGCGGGAAAUCCCCUGGAGAUGAUCUGGGAGAGACACAGGACCUGGAUGACCUGGAUGCAGAAAUCCUGGGAAUCUCCCGAUCCAGGCCCAGGCUGGCGGGAGCUGGGACCGGGAAAAGCCUCGGGAAGCCGCUGGAUCCCCAGGAAGGUGUCCCCCCCGGGGGUGACGUCACCGACCUGGUGGAUUCCCUGGGAGGAGCCGGGAAAGCCCCGGGAAUGACGGGAAUGACAGACAGCCCACAGCUCCGCAGGGGAAGAGCCAAAAUCCUGGAGCAGAUGGAGAAGGAGGAGCCUGGGAUGGAUCCCAAGGGGAAAUCUGGGAUGGAUCCCAAGGGAGAACCCAGGAUGGAUCCCAAGGGAAAAUCCGGGAUGGAUUCCAAGGGAAAAUCCGAACUGGAUCCCACGGAUCUGGAGCAGCCAGGGCCGUGGGAAGAUCCAGAUUUUCCCUUGGGAUCCUACGAGCCCUCCGUGGCCUCCGAGGGGCGGCGGGGCCGGAGGAGGGGGCUCAGGAUUCCCGGCGGGAUCGGCCUCUUCCCGAGGGAGUCCCCAAGGCCCUCCCUGAGGGGGGGCGGGGCCGGGGCCGCCUGGCUGGGGCUGAAGGACGAGGAAUUCCCGGGAUUGGGAGCCAGGGAUGAGGAAUUCCCAGGAUUGGGAGCCAAGGACGAGGAAUUCCUGGCACUGGGAGCCAAAGACGAGGAAUUCCCGGCACUGGGAGCCAAGGACAAGGGAUUUCUGGGAUUGGGAGCCAAAAAUGAGGAAUUCCCAGGAUUGGGAGCCAAGGACGAAGAACUCCCAGGAUUGGCAUCCAAGGACAAGGAUCUCCCAGGAUUGGGAUUGAAGGACAAGGAUUUCCCAGGACUGGGAUCCAGGGCCGAGGAUCUCCCAGGAUUGGGAUCCAGGAAUGAGGAUUUCCCAGGAUUGGGAUCCAGGGCCGAGGAUCUCCCAGGACUGGGAUCCAGGAAUGAGGAUCUCCCAGGAUUGGGAUCCAGGAAUGAGGAUUUCCCAGGACUGGGAUCCGGGGCCGAGGAUUUCCCGGGAUCGGAGCUGCGGGAUCAGAACUGGCUGAGCUCGGCCCUGGCCCGGAAAAGGGCCCAGGCCAAGGCCCGGGAGAGACAUUCCCGACCCUCUGGGAUCCUGGGAAAAGGGCUGGGGGAGGGGCUGGGGCUGCAUUCCCAGGAGAGCAGGGAACUUCCAGGAGAGCAGGACACAGUUCCAGGAGCCCAGCCAUUCCAGAGGGAUCCAGGAUCUAUCCCAUCCCAGAGGGAUCCAGGAUCUCAACCAUGCCAGAGGGAUCCAGGAGCCCAGCCAUUCCAGAGGGAUCCAGGAUCUCAGCCAUCCCAGAGGGAUCCAGGGUCUCUCCCAUCCCAGCCAUUCCAGAGGGAUCCUGGGGCUCUGCCAUCCCAGAGGGAUCCUGGGGCUCUGCCAUUCCAGAGGGAUCCUGGGGCUCUGCCAUCCCAGAGGGAUCCUGGGGCUCUGCCAUUCCAGAGGGAUCCUGGGGCUCUGCCAUCCCAGCCAUCCCAGAGGGAUCCAGGAUCUCUCCCAUCCCAGCCAUUCCAGAGGGAUCCAGGAUCUCUCCCAUCCCAGCCAUUCCAGAGGGAUCCAGGGGCUCUGCCAUUCCAGAGGGAUCCAGGAGCUCUCCCAUCACAGCCACUCCAAGAUCCCAGAGCAUUCCCAGCCCGACCAUUCCAGGAUCCAGGAGCAUUCCCAGCCCAGCCAUUCCAGGAUCCAGGAUCUCUCUCAUCCCAGCCAUUCCAGAGGGAUCCCGGAGCAUUCCCAGCAUUCCCGGCCCAUCCUGAUUAUUCCCUGCUCAGUCUCCAGGUCCGGGUGGCGGAGCUGGAGCUCCAGGUGCGGGCGCUGGAGCUGGAGCGGAGCCUCUCCCUGGGCAGUGUCCAGAGGCGGCAGCGGCACCUGGAGCUGGGGGAGGGGCCCCACAGGAGCUGUGGGAAGGUGGGGGAGGAGCAGCAGGAGAUGCCGGGACCAUCCCAGGAUCCCCCCCAGGAUCAAUCCCAGGAUCUCCCCCAGGAUCACUCCCAGGAUCACUCCCAGGAUCCCCCCAAAUCCCGGGAUCCCCCCCUGUCCCCGGAGCGGGAUGAGCAGCUCUCAGCGCUCCAGGCGCGGCUGUGCCGGCAGCAGCGGGAGCGGGACCGGCUCCAGGAGGCCGUGGCUUCCCUGGAAUCGCGGCUGGCGGAGCGGGAACAGCUCCUGGAGCAGGAGCGCCGCCGGGCCCGGGCCGAGCGAUCCCGGGCGGAUUCCCUGCGGAAGGAGCUGCGGGAGCAGCGGCAGCUCCGGGAUCAGCUGCUCUCCCGGGAGAGGGCAGAGCUGGACGAGGCCAAG